AUGGAGAGCGACCGCGGGAGCCCCCCGGCUGAGGCGCUCUGGGCGGCGACCGAGCCCCCACAGCGGCCGCCGUCGCCGGGAGAUGCGAGGCCGGCUGGGCCGGGGAAGCCAGACGGGGCGGCCGCGAGCGUGGGGCGCGGCAGGCGGCCGCGGUGGGCUCUGAGGGCCGUGUACGUCCGCAACGAGAGCCCGCAGGACGGCGCGGCCGGCGGUCCUCAGGCGGGAGCGCUCCGGUGCCUCGCCCGAGCCUGCGAGGCCGAGGGCGCCCACCUCAGCCCCGUGCCCUUCGGGGAGCUCGACCUCGGGGAAACGGCCGUGCUCGACGCCUUCCACGAAGCAGAUAUUGCUGUGGUGGAUAUGAGUGAUAUCUCCAAACAGCCUUCACUUUUCUACCAUCUUGGAGUUCGAGAAAGCUUCAACAUGGCAAAUAACGUGGUCCUGUACUAUGACACCGACACCGACACUGCUCUUUCAUUGAAGGAUAUGGUAACUCAAAAAAACACAGUGUGUAGUAGAAAUUAUUAUUUCAUCCCAUACACCAUGAAACCGUGCACUGAUUACGUUUCCUGCAAGGGCGAUUUCCAGAAACUUGCCUCGGAGUGCAUGCAGCCCAACUGGGUCACCAUCAUGGGUGCCCUGUGCGUGCCCCUGGUGGACAGGUUCACCAGCCUCCUCAGGGACAUCCACGCGACCUCAUGUUUUUAUUAUGAAGAAACUUUGUUAAAUGAUAUCCAGAGAGCCAGAGAGAGAUACCAGGACAAAGAUCUAGCGAAGGAGCUGGCUCGGAUCAAACUCCGCAUGGAUAGUAAUGAAGUUCUGAGUUCAGACAUCAUCAUUAAUUUACUGCUGUCCUACCGCGAUAUCCAGGACUAUGAUGCAAUGGUGGACCUGGUAGAAACAAUGGAACUCCUGCCUGUGUGUGAUUUGACCGACCAACAUAAUAUUAAAUUCCACUAUGCAUUUGCACUGAAUAGGAGAAAUGGCAAAGGUGAUCGUGAAAAGUCUCUGCAGGUCAUACUCCAGGUCCUACAAAGCUGUGAUCACCCAUCCUCUGCCAUGUUCUGCCUGUGUGGAAUGAUCUACAAGGACAUCUUUUUGGAUUCACACUGCAGAGAUUACGCCAGCAGAGACAGCGCCAUUGAGUGGUAUCGCAAAGGGUUCGCGCUCCAGUCAUCUCUUUAUACCGGAGUUAACCUUGCAGUUUUGCUGACAGUCGCUGGACAGCAAUUUGAAACAUCCACGGAACUAAGGAAUAUAGGUGCCCAGCUGAACAGUUUGUUGGGAAGAAAAGGGUGCUUGGAGAAAAUGAACAAUUACUGGGAUGUAGGUCAGUUCUUCAACGUCAGCUUGUUGGCCAGUAAUAUCGGGAAGGCCAUCCAGGCAGCAGAGAGGUUGUUCAAACUGAAGCCUCCAGUGUGGUACUUGCGAUCACUAGUCCAGAAUUUGUUUUUAAUUCUGCGCUUCAAGAAACCUAUUAUCGAACAUUCACCCCGGCGAGAACGACUUAACUUCUGGUUAGAUAUCAUUUUCGCAGCGACAAACAAAGUUCCUAAUGGAGUCAGAUUUCCAGUUUUGGUGCUAGAACCAUCCAAAGUCUAUCGGCCUUCAUAUGUCUCUGUAAACAGUGAAGCUGAAGAGAGGACAGUUUCUCUGUGGCAUGUCUCACCCACAGAAAUGAAGCAAAUCCAUGAAUGGAAUUUUACAGCUGCUUCCAUUAAGGGAAUAAGCAUAUCCAGGUUUGAUGAACGAUAUUGUUUUCUUUAUGUUCAUGGAAAUUCUGAUGACUUUCAAAUCUACUUUUCCACCAAAGAGCACUGUAGUAGGUUUUGCUCUUUGGUCAAAGAGAUGAUAACCAGUGCAGAGGAGAAUAUAGUGGAACUGGAGGGACAGACAGGUGGGGACACCUUAGAGUAUGAGUAUGACCGUGAUGCAAAUGGUAAUCGAAUUGUGCUGGGGAGAGGUGCGUAUGGGAUCGUGUAUGCCGGGAGAGAUCUGAGCAAUCAAGUACGGAUAGCUAUCAAAGAAAUCCCAGAGAGAGGCAGUAGACACUCCCAGUCUCUUCAUGAGGAAAUAGCCCUACACAAGUACCUCAAGCACCGCAAUGUUGUUCAGUACCUGGGCUCCAUUUCGGAAAACGGCUACAUUAAGAUAUUCAUGGAGCAGGUGCCUGGCGGAAGCCUUUCUGCUCUUUUGCAAUCAAAGUGGGGGCCGAUAAAGGAGUCCACCAUCAAGUUUUACACCAAGCAGAUCCUGGAAGGCCUUAAGUAUCUCCAUGAAAACCAGAUUGUGCACAGAGACAUAAAGGGUGAUAAUGUUCUGGUGAAUAUCUAUAGUGGAGUGGUGAAAAUCUCCGAUUUUGGAACAUCUAAACGCCUUGUGGGAGUGAAUGCAUGUACAGACACUUUUGCUGGCACUCUGCAGUACAUGGCACCUGAGAUUAUUGAUCAAGGACUUCGUGGGUAUGGUUCCCCCGCUGAUAUCUGGUCCCUGGGCUGCACCGUCAUUGAGAUGGCCACCGGCAGGCCUCCAUUCCAUGAGCUUGGUGAUCCCCAAGUGGCAAUGUACAAAGUGGGGAUGUUUAAGAUCCACCCUGAGAUUCCGAAAGCCCUUUCAGCUGCAGCCAGAGCCUUCCUUUUAUCCUGUUUUGAGCCGGAACCCCAGAAACGUGCCACUGCCACUGAUCUUCUCAAAAAGAAUUUCAUAAGGGAAGUGACCAAGGACAAGAAGAUCCAAAUGACUCCCAAACCAUCAGGUGAGGCCUACCAGGACAGCCGAGUGCCGCACUGGGCCCCUGGGUUCUGUGUUGAGGAUUCCCAGGCCACUGCCCCGGCCGUGGACAAGGGUAAGUGCGUGAGCCACAGCAGGAGGGAGUGUGACCCUGGCCCCCCGGAGGUGGAUGCCCAGCCUGAUAGGUCCUCUGAGAGAUCCUGGGAGCCCAAGCAUGAUAUCUGUCAGCUACUCAGUGUUCCAGUCGAGGACUGUGGCUUGGAAGACCAGUGCGCAACCUUGUGCCCCGAGAACAGGGAUCCUGGCCUCUUCCUGUUGAACGAGGAUGGCGAGUGCCGUGCCAUCCUGUACAGAAUUCUCAGGGAGGAGCAGAACCAGGUGGUUUCCAGCCUGCAGGAGUGUGUGGCCCAGAGUUCAGAAGAGCUGUACCUCUCAGUCGACCACUUCAAGCAAAUAAUUAGGAUCCUGAGGGACUUCAUCCAGUCCCAGGAGCUCAAGGUGAUGGCAUCCAUGAUAUCAAAGCUAAAGGUGGACCUGGAAUCUGACAGCUCGUCCCUCGAUCAGAUUCACCUGGUAUUUUUUGGAUUUCACAAUGCUGUCAACAAAAUUGUGAAAAAGCACUUAGUUAACCCCCACUGGAUGUUUGCGAUGGACAGCAUCAUCCAGCAAGCUGUGCUGGCUGCACUCAGCAUUCUUUUCCCAGAGCUCAAAGCAGACCGUGAGGCCACCUCCAAGACAGAAGGGGUGAAUAAGGACCUGGAUGAGGUGAACCAGGACUGUCCCCCAGCAGACCCACCCAGAAGCGAAGCACAUCUCUACCAGCAGGACCUGAGCUUCCAGCUGGAACAGCUCAGGCAGGAAACCAACAGAAUUUUGGAAAACCUACUUCGAACAGAGAGAGCACGCCAGAAUCUUCUACGGCAAAGCCUAGAACAGAAAACUCGGGAAUUGUCUCACCUUCAGUCACAAUUAAAAUAUAAUGCGCCUCCAGCACCCCCUCCUGGGUUUCAUAGACAGAGACCAGAUCAAGAGCUUGUAGACUGGUUGCAACUGCAAGGAGCAGAUGCGAAUACCAUCGACAAGAUUGUUAAGGAGGGUUAUACACUUUCUGAUAUUCGUAAUGAGCUCACUAAGGAAGACCUUAGUUCCCUCGGAAUACGUGGUGAGCUCCUCUGCAAGCUCUGGACUGCAAUCUCCCAGUACAGAAGACAGACUCAGGGAGCCGCAGCUAUGCAGGAUGAGGCUUAGCCAGCCAGCUAAGCCAGGGAGCAAGGCGACAACAUCUUUGUUGUUAAAGCUUCUCAGGCAGACACACACACCAUGAACAG